GUCUCCACUACCGGCCACUCCCCACGCCCUCCCUCCAGUGCCAAGUUCCGCCUUCUCUCUUCCCUGCCAAUCAGGUUGGGGCCAUCUUGUGACUCUGCCCCGGAGCUCACUAAGGGCCAGUGGGUGACCUGCUGUAUCCCGGCUGCGGAAGGAUGGCAGGGGCCUCCGGCUACUUCUCGGACGAACAGUUCCGGGAGGCCUGUGCGGAGCUCCAACAGCCGGCGCUGGCCGGGGCCGACUGGCAGCUGCUGGUGGAGGCCUCGGGCAUCACCAUCUACCGGCUGCUGGACCAGGUAGCGGUUGACCCGCCUGCUGAAGGACUUCAGGCCCUGAGUAUCUGGUCAACUGGACUUUAUGAGUAUAAAGUGUUCGGUGUUCUGGAAGGCUGCUCACCAGCUCUACUUGCAGAUGUGUACAUGGACUUAGACUACAGGAAAACUUGGGACCAACAUGUGAAAGAACUCUACAUAAAGGAGUGUGACGGACAGAUGGUGGCAUACUGGGAAGUGAAGUACCCUUUCCCCCUGUCCAACAGAGACUAUGUCUACACCCGCCAGCGGCGAGAUCUGGAUGUGGAUGGGAGGAAGAUCUACGUGAUCCUGGCCCAGAGCGUCUCGGUACCUCAGUUUCCUGAGAAGUCUGGGGUGAUCCGAGUGAAGCAGUACAAGCAGAGCCUGGCGAUCGAGAGCAACAGCAAGAAGGGGAGCAGAGUUUUCAUGUACUACUUUGAUAACCCGGGUGGCCAAAUUCCGUCCUGGCUCAUUAACUGGGCAGCCAAGAAUGGAGUUCCCAACUUUUUGAAAGACAUGGUGAAAGCUUGUCAGAAUUACCCCAAGAAAACCUAAGAAGGACACUGGGCUCCACAUCCACCUCUGGAUGUGCUCCAACUGAUGCUCGGCCUUCCCUCCACACGUUCUGACUUCAGAGGUCGACAUGUGUCCCAGGCCUGCUUGCCUGUUGCCUGGUUCCUUUGCUGCCUUUCCCACUGAUCUUACUCAGGGCUGACUGCCUUCUUCCACUGUAGAAUGGUGGCCUCUGCUUGUUAAUUUUUAGUUAGGAAAAUCCUCAGUAGAGAAGAGGGACAUUCUGUUGUACCAUUUUAGGGGGAUGAAUGAGAGGAGGAAGGAUGUCAAAAUGUAUGAGUGGCAAGCAGGCUCUCUUCAAUACUCUUGCUUGAAAAUCAGGAGUAGCUGCUGGAGGUGACCUUCGGUCCAUAGUUGGCCUUCCAUGUCCCAGCAUUGGAGACACAGUGAUGUCCAUUCUCUUUAUGCUUUGUUGACUUGAAUAGGCUGGGAUUUGAGGUAAGAAGCAAGUAUUCCUACUUGUGCAGGAUCAGUGGCUGCUGUGAUACCAAACACUUAUGAGUGUCCCAGGCCUGAAAGAGCAUAUACUGAGAUAACCACAUGUCCCUAAUUGUCCACAUCUGGAUUUUUCCUUUCCUGUAAACCACAGGGAAAAUACUGCCUAUGCCUCUCUAGCUGUGCAUUUAACUGCAAGCUCAAGGCUUCAGGGACAAAGAUGGCUUGUGCACAGCACUAUGAUUGUGUCUUCCUAAGUAGUAAGGUGGCUUUCCCUUCUAGAAUGUUUAGAGAUGUUGAAGGGACAAUAAAUAGUUUACAGCCAAGUAAAACUGAAGUAGUGAUUUGGUGUGCUCUUUGCCUUUUUCUCUGGAAUUCUACCUCUUCAAAUCAAGGACUUUCAGAGCCCUAGUUUUAGCCUGAAUUUUUGUAGGAAAAUACAUUCUGUGGCCAAGAUACAGCCUUGUUGAUCUCAGGGAAAAGCUCCAAUAACUGUGUAAAACUUGAUGAACGCAUGUGGAAACUCAGAAUGCAAAGUCAGAAGAAAGGGAUUGUUAAAGUGGCCUUCCUUAGAGUGUGUGUUCUCUCUGGGAAGAAAGGUGUGUUCUGUGAAUAAAUGCUCAGUGACUUACA